AUGUUAGACGGUACCAUUUCACAGACUGGUCGCAUUUGGCACCAAGUUCACCUUGCGGUCUCAGCCAAUGGCCACUCCCACUCCAUUCCUUUUCUUGUUUGCCCCAUUGGCAAAACCCUGGCUAUAUUAGGCAUGACUUGGUUGACAGCAGAAGCUCCCCUUAUUGACUGGCAACAGGGCCUGGUCACAUUUCCGGAGCAAGCCCGAAUUGCCUCUGAAGAAGAAGCCGACCCAGACCCCAUGGCAGACCUCCCCUCACAAUACCAUGAGUUUGCCCGAGUGUUCGGAGAAGAAGAGUUUAAGGUCUUACCCCCACACAGGGAAUACGAUAUUGCAAUAGACCUUGUCCCUGAUGCCAAACUCUCCCCUGGUCCCAUCUAUGGCAUGACAGACGCAGAAUCUAAGGCCCUUAAACAACAUAUUGAAGAAGAAUUGGCCACAGGAAAGAUCCAACCCAGUACUUCCUCCGCAGGCGCCCCAGUUAUGUUUGUCAAAAAGGCAGAUGGCUCUCUCAGAUUGGUAGUCGACUAUAGGAAGUUGAAUGAUGUCACGCAUAAAAACGUCUACCCACUCCCCAGACAAGAUGACCUCAUGGCCAAAUUAAGGCAUGCCAAGAUGUUCACCAAACUGGAUCUACGCUGGGGAUAUAACAAUGUCCGGAUUAAGGAAGGAGACGAAUGGAAGACGGCUUUCAGAACAAAGUACGGGUUAUUCGAAUACCUGGUGAUGCCCUUUGGCCUUACCAAUGCUCCAGCCGCCUUCCAACACUUCAUGAAUGACUUGUUUAGGGACCUCAUCGACGUCACUGUGGUCAUCUACUUGGAUGAUAUCUUGAUCUUCUCAGAAAACCCCAAGGACCACCCAAACCAUGUCAGGGAAGUUCUAUUGCAGUUGAUGAAAAACCAGUUGUUCUGCAAACUCUCCAAGUGCCACUUCCACGUCACAACAGUGGACUACCUUGGUAUUGUCAUCUCCCCAGCUGGGUUCUCGAUGGACCAAAAGAAAAUUGAGGCGGUUACGUCGUGGCCCCAACCCAGAACGGUCAAGCAGGUCCAGGCCUUUUUAGGAUUUGUCAAUUACCUCAGACGCUUCAUUCCCAACUUCAGCUCUGUUGCGCGCCCCCUGCACAACCUUACCAAAAAGGAGUCACCGUGGUCAUGGGACGUAUUGGAAGAACAGGCUUUCCAGGAAUUAAAGGCAUUAGUCACCAAAGCACCAGUUCUGAUCCACUCAAACCCCAACUUGCCUUACUAUCUGGAAACUGUCGUACACCACUGUAAGUGCUUAUCUAAUCCAACUAUCUAA